UGGCGCAGCGCGGCUUUCUGGAAGCCUCGAGGCUUGCGCGGCCGGGGAUCCGGGGCGCGGUGUCGGAGGACGGAGCGCGCCCGUGGCGGCGUGGGCUGGGAGGGCGCGGAGCGUCUCAGGUGGUGCGCUGCGCACGGGCCUGCCGGGCCGUGUUCCCCACGGAGGGCGGAGGCUGGCCCUACCUCGGGUUUUGCCCCCAACGUGCCCUCCUUGUGAGUGGUGACGGGAAGAUCCGGGAAAGGGCGCGGCCGCGACGGUGCUUGUCUCCCCAGGGCCGGUCCCCCGGCGGCCAGCGGCGCGGGGAAGAUGCUCGAGGUGCUGGUGCUGAAGAUUGAAGAUCCGGGAUGCUUCUGGGUUAUUAUAAAAGGAUGUAGUCCCUUUUUAGAUCAUGAAGUUGAUUAUCAAAAACUAAAUAGUGCCAUGAAUGACUUCUAUAAUAGCAUGUGUCAAGAUAUAGAAAUAAAGCCGUUAAUGUUGGAAGAGGGGCAGGUGUGUGUGGUUUACUGCCAGGAACUGAAGUGCUGGUGCAGGGCUGUCAUUAAGUCACUGGUGUCUUUGGCGGACCAUCACCUGGCGGAGUGCUUCCUGGUGGACUUUGCCAAGUACAUCCCAGUGAAAUCUAAAAACAUCCGAGUUGCAGUAGAAACUUUUAUGCAGCUUCCCUACCGAGCGAAAAAAUUCAGACUGUACUGCACGAAACCUGUUACGUUACACAUUGACUUCUGCGAAGAUAGCGCUGAAAUUGUACCUGCCAAGAAGUGGGACAGUGCAGCUAUUCAGUACUUUCAGAACAUCCUGAAAGCAACUACCCAGGUGGAAGCCAAAUUGUGCGCCGUGGAAGAAGAUACUUUUGAGGUCUACCUUUACGUAACCAUAAAAAAUGAGAAAGUCUGUGUUAAUGAUGAUCUGGUUGCGAAGAACUUUGCUCGUUACAUAUCACCCAAGGAGAAUAAAAACCUUCAUUCUGUAGAGAAACCACGAUUGAAUAGAAAGUCUGCAUCCUUUUCCAGUAAACUCAAUCCAGCACUUACUCUUUGGCCAAUGUUUUUGCAAGGAAAAGAUUCUCAGGGAAUGGAAAAUUCACAUGGUUUAACUUUUCUGGCUCAGUCUCUUCAGCAUCCAUGGCCCAAGGGUGUUGUUGGUGACCUUGGGCCAACUGCUGUGAUCCUGGAUAAAAGUGUAAAAUGUAAUAUGGAUUCAUUGAGAGGUUCACCUAAAAAAAAAUCUGAAAUGAAACAACAGCGCAUCUCUUUGAAAGAUAUAAAUAAGUGUGCUGAAUCUUCAGCGUACUGGCCAACGAAGAGGGGAAUAACCAUAUACGCUGAGCCAGAUACACCGGCAGCAAGCACUUUAUGUCAGAAGCCAAGUAAGAAGCCACUCAGGUUGGCCGAGAAGAAAGAACACAAUGAGAAGAAUGGCUGUGUGAAAUUACUGCAGUUUUUAAAUCCUGAUCCUUUGAGAACUGAUGGAAUCUCUGAUCUUCAGAAGCUGCAGAAGCUUCGGUCGGGGUCCCCGCAGCCGUUUGCUGUGCUCCGGAACAAGAUCGAGCCUUGCUUGUCGGUUGACACGUCGCCACUUUCGGCUGACCUGAAAAAGGCUCUCCAAAGAAACAAGUUUCCGGGACCUAGCCACACUGAAUCCUACUCUUGGCCUCCCAUAGCGAGGGGCUGUGACGUGGUGGUCAUUUCUCACUGCGGAAAUGACCCUCUGCUGUACCUCCCGCCACUCCUUACGAUUCUGCAAACGGGGGGCUGCUACAAGUCUUUGCCGAGCAGAAACGGACCUCUGGCAGUCAUCGUGUGCCCUGGGUGGAAAAAGGCCCAGUUUAUUUUUGAAUUACUGGGGGACUAUGGCAUGUCCCCCAGGCCUCUUCACCCAGUGCUGUUAACAAUCGGACUCCACAAAGAUGAAGCCAAAAACAUGAAGCUUCCAAGGGCUUGUGAUAUAAUUGUGACGACACCGCACAGCCUCCUGAGACUUCUCCAGUAUCAGAGCUUGUUAUUUCUCAGACUCUGUCACCUCAUUUUGGAUGAGGUGGAAGUAUUAUUCUUUGAAGCUAAUGAAGAAAUGUUCGCUAUAUUAGAUAACUUUAAAAAAAACAUUGACGUUGAAGAAAGGGAAUCUGCACCACAUCAGAUUGUUGCCGUUGGAGUUCAUUGGAGCAGACAUAUAGAACAGUUGAUGAAAGAGUUCAUGAAUGACCCCUACGUUGUGGUCACGGCCAUGGAAGAGGCUGCUCUCUAUGGCAGCGUCCAGCAGGUAGUGCACCUUUGCCUGGAAUGUGAAAAAACCUCUACUUUACUCCAGACUCUAGAUUUCAUUCCAAGUCAAGCACAAAAGACCUUGAUCUUCACCGGUUCUGUAGCUGAAACAGAAAUCGUGUGUAAGGUAGUAGAAAGCAGUUCAAUAUUUUGCUUGAAAAUGCAUAAAGAAACGGUUUUUAAUUUAAAAAGUGUUUUAGAACAGUGGAAGAAGAAGUUAAGUUCUGGCUCUCACGUUGUAUUAGCCUUAACUGACGACUGCAUACCGCUCUUGACCAUCACUGAUGCCACGUGUGUGAUUCACUUCAGCUUCCCUUCCUCACCAAAGAUUUUUGGUGGGCGUCUGUAUUGCAUGUCUGACCAUUUUCAGAGUCCAACCGAGCAGGGUUCUCCUGCAGAACAGAGAGAUAAGAAAACCAAAUCUGUCUUGCUGCUGACGGAGAGAAAUGCGUGCCACGCGGUCGGGGUCCUGCGCUACCUGGAGCGAGCCGAUGCCAAGAUUCCCGUGGAGCUGUAUGAGUUUACUGCGGGGGUUCUGGAAGCCAAAGAAGAUAAGAAAGCCCGAAGGCCUCUUUGUCCGUAUCUUAAGUCUUUUGGUUUUUGCAAAGACAAAAGGAUCUGUCCUGAUCGACACCAUAUUAAUCCAGAAAUAGACAUGCCAAGGAAAUUAUCCAACCAAACUCUACCAACAUUUGGAUACAUCAAAAUAAUACCCUUUUAUAUUUUGAAUGCAACGCAUUACUUUGGCCGUAUAGUUGAUAAGCACGUGGAUCUUUAUGCAACCCUUAAUGCUGAAAUGAACGAGUAUUUUAAGGGUAACAGCAAUAACACAGCUGUUGAAAAGGUGGAAAAAUUUGGAUUAUAUGGAUUAGCAGAAAAAACACUUUUUCACAGGGUUGAGGUGUUGGAGAUGAGCCAAAAAGCAGACAGCUGGGGCCCGGACAGCGUCCUCGUCAAGUUUAUAGACGAAGGCCGGACUGGACUCGUCACGAGACACCAAUUGCUGCCUCUCCCAGAAAAUUUCCACGCUCUGCCCCCGCAGGCGGUGGAGUUCAUUGUUUGCAGAGUGAAACCCGCUGACAACGAAGUUGAAUGGAACCCAAAGAUCACUAGGUACAUUCAUCAUAAAAUCAUUGGGAAAUUGCAUGAUGCGAAAGUGAUACUGGCUUUAGGAAACACAGUGUGGGUCGACCCAAUGGUGCACGUUACAAAACUGUCAAAUCUGAAAACUUCUGUCAUUGAUUAUAACGUUCGUGCUGAAAUUCUGUCAAUGGGAAUGGGCAUUGACAACUCAGAGCAUACGGAAUGCCUGAAGACGUUACAGGAAGGAGCUAAAACACCACCCGGUGAAGAAAGCUUAAGCCAAGCCCCGGCGCCUUCUUCAGCAGAAGAUGCUGCUUGUCUGCAGAGCGCGCGGCAAGAGGACAGGGGCUCGGGAGGAGGUGCUGACUCCGAGACAAAGCCAGAAAGCCAAAAGCACGAAACUCUACCUGAAAACACGAGAGACUCUUCUCUUAACAAAACCACAGAACCUCUGCAAAGCUUCCACCCACAAAUCAGAUGGUUCCAAAAAGACGACGUGGUCAUACUGAAGAUAAGAAUAAGGAACGUAAAGGAUUACAACUGUAAAUAUUUCAGAGAUAGAGUCGUGUUCAGUGCCUGGGCGGGAGAGAAAUUUUACGUGGCCGAUAUGGAGCUGCAGGCCAACAUAGUAAGAGACGGCUGCAAAUGCACGAUUACAGACGAGGAACCUGUCAUCACUCUCGCGAAGGAGAGAAAGGAGCCUUGGGGCAGCUUACUCAAACAGAGGAAUCCUAAUGUGGCUUUCGAUUUCGAUCACUGGGACGAACGUGAAGAAGAGGAGAGCCCCUUCCCCAAGGUUGUGAAUUGUAAAAACCUGCCCUCGAAGGUGGCAGAGGUGGCUGAGAGCAGUGACGGGACAUCGGAGGAUGACGGAAGUGAGAGUGAAUGAGCAGAGUCAGACCCAGAAGGGUGGCCGGAACCGCACAGAGAUGGACACACCGUGUGGCUGGGAUUUCAGAAAACAAGCCGUCACGGCCAACCUGUCCUUGACUCAAGGAUAAAUUAGGACCUAGUGUCAUCCUGUGCAUUGGGAUUGGGUGUUGGUGAGAGAUGGGCUGCAUGGGCUCUGGGGGAGGGGGGGCGGGCACUGCUGUCACUCGGGCCCAGCCUCCUCCUGAGCCAUCCAACCCACACUGGUCACACGCAGCCCGUCCUAACACUCGCCUUGAAUGAUGGGGAGCAUGGUGUGCAUUUGAGGGAUGAAUUGUACUUUCUGGAGCUAGUCUGUUUGCGUUUUCGUGUAGACCUGUUUUGUACAUUGCUAAAAACCUGGUGUCCUGCAUAGAAAUUGAGGUUUCCAGCUUACAAAGUCAUGCUCAGCACUGCCUAACAGAGCUUUCAGCCAUGAGCUAGUUGGGAUUCAGCAAAACUCGGAGUGAAACUCUAGGAUAGACCAAGGGUAAAAGCGGGGUGGCCUCGGCAACUCCCAGCCGGACCUAGGGCUUUCUAGAGGAAAAGCUACGGCUUCUGAAGAACCACCUGGGCUGCAGAGUCCUGGGCGAAUGGGCCAGAGGUUUGUCUUUAGUGGAAUCUGGAAAGGACCUGUGGGGCCUUAGAGGUGACCCUCAGGACAGCUGGGUGUGAGGAGCCAGGACAUUCACGAUGCCAUCCUGGGGUGGGGUUGCAGCCUGCAGGGUCGCGAGGUUCCCGGAGGAAGGUGUCCUGUCACCACCUGACUGUGGGGGCGCCCUGAGCCUGAUGCCCGCGCCAACUGGGAGAGUUAGAAAGGAACAGAAUGUGAGCCCCACGCACGGCUUUGCUGUGCCUCGAAGCAGGAAAGAACAGGGAUAGAACAUGACUGUCGUGACUGUCCCCAAGAUUUUUAUUCUUAGUGUACGUCAGAAAGCACAGGUGUCCACGUUUGUGUUUGUCCCAGGUACAUAAGCCACCUCUGGAACGAUAGGUAAACUCUGUCAUCAGGCUGUCCCGUGAGUAGGUUUGGAUCACGCUCUGGCUCUCAGUUUCCUCAUCUGUAGAAUAAGACAUUCUGCUCAUGGUGUGGCCUGCCCUUGCUUCGGGCAUUGCCCCAGCACGCUGCCGGGCAGGGGCCUCUGUUCCGCGCAGCACCUCGGUGAUGGAGGUCAGACCCCUGCCCGCUGCGGGGAGCGCACCCUUGCUGCUGCCGUGACUCCCGUGGGUUGACCGGCAGGUGUCACGUGGACACAUGCGGUACAGUGGUGAUUGUCCUUUUUCUUCACUAAAUUGUGCAGGCUCUUCAGGAAGUAGGAAGUCCUGGUCUUUGCUGGCAAAGGUUUUGUAAUGUCCUCAGCAGGUGUCGGUUUCUGUAAAUAGAAAUUUUGCUCCCACUGGGGGAGCCUUUGGACUGGUGGCCGGGCCUCCUGAGCUGCACUGGCUUUUCUUGUGAUUGUUGGCCACCCGCCGUUGAUGCUCGCUUGUAAUCACUCUCUUUUGUAAAACGUAGCCCAUAAUAAGAGCAAGUAAUAGAACUGCAUAAAUGGAGGGGGGUGGGUUCUGGUUCUCUCGAGUCGUUCACAAACAGCCAAAGGGAAAUGGCGGGGGAGCAGGGCUGUAGGUUUCAAUCUUGCCUUCUUUUUUCAGACAUUGAAAUGUACUACCUGAAGUCCUGGAUAACAUUCUGUAGGAUGUAGGCACCGACUUGUGAAAUGUAAACAAUGACCGUUUUUUUUUGUUCUAUUAAUACAUAUGGAUUUCACGUUUGGGGAAGAUUUCCGAAAUGCAAAGUGAAAGUGCUUUUGUCUCUAUGCUUCUAAAAUUGCUCUCAUACUUAGUCGUGGUGUGAAUAUUUUUUGUAGUAUAUCAAUAAAAUUUCAGCGUUUUCACAGAAA